AUGGUCGUCCCCGGUCGCCAUUCCAACCCCAAUCGACGCAUUCCCAGCUCAGCCUCGAGCGAAGAAAAGCCAGAUGUAUCAGACAAUACCAUCUCGGAUACAUCUCCCGCCGUGCCAGCAGAAACGAUCUACAAACUCCUCGCAUUCACAUUUGCCAUGAUUUGCGCUCCACUCGGGGCGUAUUUCUUGAGUAUCAAGACUAUAUUCAGUGGUGAGCUUUACACUUUACUUUCCAUGUGUCCAACAGUCAGGUCCCGUUCUGAUAAUGCAAAAGGAAACGCCACAUUUGCAGGUGGUCUGGCUGCUCUAGUGGCCAAUGUGGUUCUGAUUGCGUAUGUCGUCGUGGCCUGGCAGGAGGAUAAGGAGGAUCAGGCGAAAAGGAAGGAGAAGAAGGGGCAAUAG